AUGGACAAAUAUGACCGAUUCGAAGCCAACGAAAAACAAACCGAAGACAAUUGUAAAGGAAACAUAAUUUAUGAAAAAAUAUACAACAAAAUGGUGUUCAUAGCAAUUUCGUGUAAAAAUGAAAGUCCAAUACCAAAUGAAAUGAAAAAUUGCCGACUUGGAGACAUACCAAAUUUUUUACGCAUUGGAGAGAAGCUGUUAUAUCUGAGAGGCACAAUUGGGUAUUACCCACCUCUUUCAAAUACAAGGGCAAUUGGUCAUUAUGUGGGUUUUGCUAAACGAAGCAAUAUAUAUUGGGAAGUACCUAAGUUAAUAAAUAAUUGA